ACGGCGCCGGGCUCGGAGGGGCCGCCCCGCGCGGUGGCGCCCCCGGCGCGGCUCGCGGGAGCCCUUUCUCCGCGCUGCCGCCAGGACCUCCCGCUCCUCCCGAGGGAAGAAGCGGUCGGUCCGGAUCAGCGGUGCGUCCGCGUCCCUCCGUCUCUCUCCGCCACCUCGCCCCCACCAGCUCCAUUGUGUCGUGCGUUUGUCCGCGCCCCCUGCGCAGACCCGCACCCCGAGCAGAAGGACCAGGAGCCGCUCCUUGCCAUGGAGCUGUACGGAAAGAUGGCCUCGGCCCAGGACGCCCGGGCGGGCCAGAAGGACUCCUCGGACCAGAACUUCGACUACAUGUUCAAGCUGCUCAUCAUCGGCAACAGCAGCGUGGGCAAGACCUCCUUCCUGUUCCGCUACGCCGACGACUCCUUCACCUCGGCCUUCGUCAGCACCGUGGGGAUCGACUUCAAGGUGAAGACCGUGUUCAGGAAUGAGAAGAGAAUCAAGCUUCAGAUUUGGGACACAGCGGGCCAGGAGCGGUACCGCACCAUCACCACCGCCUACUACCGAGGGGCCAUGGGCUUUGUGCUGAUGUACGACGUGACCAACGAGGGCUCCUUCACCGCCGUGCAGGACUGGUCCACGCAGAUCAAGACCUACUCCUGGGACAACGCCCAGGUCAUCCUGGUGGGGAACAAAUGCGACAUGGAGGACGAGCGCGUCGUCUCCACGGAGAGAGGACAGCGCCUGGGAGAGCAGCUCGGGUUCGAGUUCUUCGAAACGAGCGCCAAGGACAACAUCAACGUCAAGCAGACCUUCGAGCGCCUGGUGGACAUCAUCUGCGACAGGAUGUCCGAGAGCCUGGAGGCCGACCCGGCCGCCGCCGCCGCCCGGCCCAGCGCCAGGCUCCAGGAGAGCCCGCCGCCCCCGCAGCCCGGCUGCGGCUGCUAACGCUGCGCUGCGCGCGCGGCUCCGCGGGCCGCGGCGCUGGGGUGGGCGGGUCGGCCGCCGCGCAGCUGCCCAGGGCCCUUCGCGGGAAUCGUUGAUGCCCGGCCUGGACGCGGGCGGAGUUCCUGGGAGACCCCCGGUGCGGACGGGUGGCGGACACGUGGCCUCGAAUUCCUAGACUCUCCAACCACAAACCCCUGGUACUUGCAUGUGGUCUGUUACUCGUCUUCUAGGGUCUUUACGUCUCAGAUUCCCCCACAGAUCAGCUACUGCUGGGACCUCAGAUGCAGGAAGUCCACGCCUCCGAUUCGGUGCGGAGGGCUCGGCCGCCGCUGGCCGCUGGCCGGAUGACAACGGAGGAACCGCUGCGGCUGGGAGGGGAGCAGGGGAGAUCUCAGGGGAUCUAAUGUGCUUUACUCCGAGCUGAAAAGCAAGCAGACAUACUACUCACAUUUUCUGAGUAGUUGCCAGCUUCCUAGCUGGCGUCCUAUAGAGGAAAUGUGUCUGUUUCUCAGUGUCAGUAACAACGGGGGAGGCCCUUGACUGUAAAAAGACUAAAAUGCUGUGUUUAAGGCUCUUUCAAGUCUCCUAAGAGAGUCCAUCACCUGCCUGGAACCAGGGGUGAACAGUAAGCUCAGUGGAGACGCCGAGACGAGGAGCUCCCUGGUGGCUGCUCCUUCCACGGAGGACGCUGGCCUUCCGCUCGUCUGGGGCCUCCGACCGCCCCCUGCUAUGCGGCAAGAGUUCAGAGCAACACGGCGAGAGCAGCCGUGGAAUGCCGGCACACGAGGUCCCCCUAUCGCUUUACUAGCUAGCCCCCCAUAAUGUGCACUGGCCCCCCAUAGCACGCACUAGCACCCCAGUAAUGCACACUAACCCCCAUAACGCGCACUAGUCCCCCCAUAACACGCCCCAGCACCAUGACCUUCGGGAUGUCUCAGGGUGGGGGUGGAGCAGGGGCUGGUCCGGCCCUUCCGCCACAGCUCACAGGCUGGCUUCCCAACCGGCUGCCUCUGGCCUGCACCUGGCCCAGCUUCCACUUGAAUGCAGGCUACUUGAACAGUGUCUCAAUGGCUCCCAAGUUGUGAAGAAGACCAUUUCCUCACGUAUCUUUUCCAGUUCCGCUGUCCCUCCUAGCUCUGUCUCAGGGCCCCGUGUGCGAGCUUUGGGACACGCUCCAGGGACUCAGAGACUCCGGAGCCCAGCCGGUGCCCUGGCGCAGGACUCCACGGACAGCCUGAGCAGAGGGAGGAAACGAGCCGGGCCAACGCCCGAGCCUUUGCCCGGACUCCCCGCAGCCCCCCUGUGCGAGAGGCAGGGGGGGCUCCUCGUGGCCCCCUGAUGGCGCCGCAGGAAGCUUGCCGGCUGUCACCACCCAGCGCUGGGGACAGGGCUGUGGGAAGGCGGCCGGCAGAUUGGGAGGACUGUCACAUCAGGUGGACUUACCCCCUUUUUGGUGCUUGCGUUAAAGAUGUUCCUCAGCUUUUCUAAAAUAGACUCUUCCCGUGAAAGUGAGUAUCGGUGUGAGUUUACUGAACAAGGAUGUGGGCAGGAAACGUGUGUGGAAGGAGAUUGGGGGGCGGGGGGCAACUGCCCGCAAGUCAGGGAAGCGGUCAUGUGCAGAGUUAGUGAACCGUCCGAUGAGGCAGGAGAGAGCCUUUUGGGUGUUCUAAGCAUGGCCUGUGCUUUCUCCCACUUUCAGCCUAAGAUAUACACUAAUUGGUAAUAAAUUUUUACUUCAGCAACCCCCAAGGCAGGCCUUAGCUUAAUGAAGACAAGAAAACAUUAAUGCUAUAUUAGAUUUUAAUGGGCAACCAGCUUCCAAAGUCACAGAAAUUAGACGUGGAGGAAAGAGAGGGGGAGGGGCAUCCAGGCACGUUGGUUCAUGGUGCAGUAAGGCCUCUAAGCCCCGGGCUGGGCCGCGGUGGCCGUGCUGCUGACUGGGCUGCACUCGCACCUGGACUCCCUGCAGGGACUCCGGGACGCCUCUGCCACUCACAGUCCGCGGUCAGGGAGGACGGGCAGCACUGUGGAGUGGAGAGCACAGCGAGAGAGGUCAGAAGGUGGAGGAGAGGGUGGAGCUUCCGCCUCCCGGAACCCUUUCCCCUGGUGAGCUGACAGCUACAGAACGAGCCUGCCCAGGGCCAGAGGAGCGAAGGCACGUGCCCAGGACCCGCGCUGACCCGGCCAGGCCGGGGAGGGCGACCAGACAACAGACUGCCUGAGGUCCUCCCCAAGGAACACUUGGUAAACCCCACUUCCCAAACCUCAGCAGAAACCAGCCGUCCUAGCUGGCUGUCAGUUCCAAAGCGCCCGUCCCGGUGUGAGUGUCCUCGGUGACACGUUUCCAGAGAGGAUGCCACAGAGCUGGAGCGUGUGCACACCUGGGGUCUUCCUGCAAAGCAUGUGGGGAGAGAGACUGUCCUCUGUUCCCCGUGUCGUCAAGAGAUCCUGGUUAAAAUCACAUUUGGCAAAAGAGGAAGCAGCCCAGGGUAAGCUCAGUAAGCUUGUAUUUAUUGGCAUCAGGUUACAUUAGUUAUAAAUUCCUGCACAGUAGUUCCAAGGGUUUUCAGCCUCUGGGCCAAUGUAGGCACACCCACACGCACACCAAGUGCUCACACACGACACCUGCGUCCUCUCCGCCUGCCCACAGCUCAUUUGUACUGAUGGCCUAACUAGAUGUGUGUCCAAGAGCUCAAGGCAUCUGGAAAAUAUCUGCUUGUUAGUUUGCAAAAUUAGACAUCCAUCUUUUGUCUCUGUUGCAAUUCAAUUAGUGUUUCAAGUGAAGUUCUCUUUCUCUUGCCCCCCAUCACCUCACUGGCCCCCAAAUUACUUUCAGGAAUAAACCUCCAUUGUUUUUGAGUAAAUACUUCCAAGAACUUUGGUUUUGCUACAUUUCUUUUGUUUCUAAUGUAAUUGACAAAUUGGACUGGAAGUGGUUUUUUCAAAUAGUCGACCACGGAGUGGAUCUGCAUUCCAGCCUCUCGGAUGUGAACAGAUGUGCUGGAAGGUGUGUGGCUUCUUACCUCCGGAAAGGGCAUGUUCACCAGCUGGCAUCCCCCCCAGGGCUCCUGAGCAGAACUGCUGUGGGACAGUGAGCUAGUGCAUCGCUGCUGCCACCCCCGAAAAUCUUUGUGGCCUUGAGGAGCUUCUAAAGGUCCUAAGUUUCCCUGCUUCGCUUCCCUUCAGCCCCUGUCCCCUCGGUGCCUGGAAACUAAGAGCUAAGCUCUGCGUUUGGCCAGGGAAGGGUGACCACACUUCAGCCGCAGCAGAAAGGCGAGCCCCAUGACCGUGAGUGGGCAGUGCCAGUUCUGCAGGAUUACGGCCCAGGCUGUACAAGACAGCUACGUACUCAGCAAACACAGAUCUCAGCGACCUAACUCUUGUCCAGACGGAUCGUAUGUGUUCCAUCUCUGUUCAGCACGGCUGCUCUGUUUCAGGAACCAGUUCAAACUCCAGUUGUCACUGCACCUACCCUGAGAACAGACGUUCAGGUACACAGCGUAGCUCCGCCCACUGUAGCUGCUUGUUCACGAAGCGGCGUUGGCGGUGGAGCAACCCAGCCGGCGACCCGUGGCUCCUGUGGACACGCUGUCCCACAUGUGUCUGACUGCCACCCCCUGUCAGCCCACCAUGGCAUCCGUGGGGCUAUUUGAAACGGUUUCCAGACUCUGCCCAGCCCUCUCGGGCCAGAGGUAGUGGCUGCAUGUGAAAACCAGAGGACUCCUGUUUUACAGUAAUGAUUAAAACCUUCCUAGACCAAGAAGUUUUUGUUAACAAUCUUCACAGAGUGUCGUGGUGCUCAGUCAGCUGCUUUGGCUGCGACAUAUUGGGAGGUGACCUGUCUCUCUCCCUGCACUGGCGUGUGCGUGGCUGGUACCUGGGGCUCUGUGUUCCCUGUGUGUGUCCUGGCGUGCAAGGUCAAGGCCCAUGGGCAGCCAGACCGUGUGGCCUCCUAAGAGGGAGCCUCCACAGCUCUGCCUGUGUGCGUCUGUCUGUCUGUACUUGACCGUUUACCAGCAAAGGGGGGGGGGGGCUUCUUAAUGAGCUGAACAAUUAGGAUCAGCUUUCUAAAGUCUUUUAUAGUUUAGGCAAAUUUUGACCAAAGUCAGUUACGGACAUAAACUUCUUUUAUGUUCUGGAAUGAAUAUGAAGUGAAUUUGGCAAAAGAUAAAGUUUAUGAUCAGAAAGAAAAGAAGCACCUUUAUCCCUGCAGUACACUUAAAGGGCUCCAGAUUCCAGAAAUUCAGUUUCCCCUAAGGGGGCCAAGACAGAUCGGGGAGUUUAACUAACAUAUAUCGACUACGUCUUACUGAUACAGCAUAAAUAAAUGCAGUUUUUCUCAAAAACCUUUACAGAAAUUCUCGAUACUCCAGUCAAAUAGCGUUUCCCUUUGGUAGGUUAAAGUACUCGCCUGUGGGUCACAGACAGCGGUGCCUCUCCCAGCGCAGGCCACUCCCACACGCGAGCCUCUGUGUGACAGGAGUGCCCGUGAGGCGCGCCACCAGCGCUGGGGAGCGGGCGCGUGAGCUCUGUUCCGCCCGUAACUCUCGUUUGUUUAAAAAGUUCUGUGAGAUAGAUUCUUCACACUGAUCUGUGUGUCUGCGAUCAUAAUUAAUUCCCACUAAAAAGAGGGUAGAGUGAAAACACGUUUUUCAAAAGAAUCUAGAUGAAAGAACCUUUGCCAGAGCUCGAGUGUUCAGACCAUCCAUCCAUCCAUCUGGUGGACAAACUAGACUUUCUAGUUGCUGCUCUCUUUUCUGCUCCCCGAGUUUUUAAUCGCUCAGUGUUUCAGAGCACUCCCCUCACAGAGCGACAGACCCGAGGACAGGAGGUGACGCUCGAGUUUCUCCGUGUACCUCCCAGGGACUCUAAUUCCGGUGGCGUUGCGACCAGCCAUCACUUGCGGGAAGGAGGUGGGGCCUUACCUGUGUAUCACCUGUGUUCACACUUUCCUUCCGCCUGGACAAUUGAGAGUUGCUGUGACUUUAUUUCUAAAAGAAAAUAUUUCCACACUCCUGUUUUUGGUGGCCAGAGGGGGCUUCAGUUCACGGACGCCCUUCUCGAUGACACAGACGGCUCACGAGCCGCGCAGAUGCCCAGCCUUUCAGGGAGGCCGCAUCUGCCUGGUGGUCCCAGGCGUGUUGGGAACGGGGUGAGGUCGGGGGCUGCUGCGUCGGUGGGAGGGGCUUCAUGCGCCGGUGUGUCACCCCGAGGACGUGAGCGGGAUGAGCGUCGUUUGUAGCUCCUGUUAAUAUGUUGUUGAUGUCAGACGUGAUGUGGUGCCAUUGGACUGUUCCAGUGUACAACUGUUUAAUGGUGUUUGUGGAACUGAAACGUCUUAAAUGUUGCAUGAAAUACGUUAUAAAAAUAGAUUUUUCUAUUUUCAACACCUCAGAAUUGAGGGUUCAUGGGCCAAUAUGUGCAAUAUUUAAUGACUUACUCAGUGUAUAUAAACUAGUGAAAGUGAAUCAUAAGGAAUGUGUGAGGUGCUCUGGCUGGCGUGUGGCUUAGUCAAAUUGUUGCCUAUAGCUGUAUUUGUCUAGUGGUGCAAUUUAUAGAGUAAAUACCUUGUCGGUGUCACAUGAAACUCUUCUGUGCCUACUUCAAAGUAAUUUAUUUCCUAUGAAGACCAAGCAUUUAGAACCCACAAAUAUACAUCAAUUAUACCCUUUAGAACUGUGGAUUUUGUUUUCAAGAAGGGAUGAUUGUUGGUUUAUUUUAUAUAGGUAUUUUCUUGUUUAAUUCCGAAGUCUCCUUUAGCCUCUCUUAAGAGGCUAAUUUACAUACCUAAGAAAAUAUAUGCACAUAAGAAACAGUCAUUUUUAUUCUCUGAAAUGUCGUUCACAUGUUCUGUCUACUAGGAACUUUCACUUUUGUAUUUGUAUGUACACUUUACUGUAACUUGACCUUGUAUUUUGUUCGCAAAUGUAAUAUUGUCAACCCUGAAAACCCUAAAAUGUUUAUGUCUCUUUAGCUUGUAGCUAACGUUGUAGUCACGUCAGUUCCCAAUUGUCGGCACCAGAGACGUGUGAGAAAGGGACUCGGGAGCCCCUCCGCGCUGGGCAGGUCGGCACGGAGUCGGACCCUCGAGCUCCGGCCUCCCUGGUCCUCCCUCCCUCAGGGGCCUGGAACUUCCCCGAGAUGCAAAACCAAGAAAUCAGGCCUGGCUUCUGGGUUACCAGAAACCGUAAUCGUUUAUGUAUGUGAAGUUUAAGUAGGUCAGCUACCUUGAACUCCUACUUACCAUUUCAGUUUUUACAGCAAAGCAUUCAUCUCGACAGUGCGCUUUGCCUUUUCAUCUACUGAGCAAGUAAACCGUGAUCCCUUUGUAAGAGUUCAGAUUCGCUCACUCCAAGUGAGGGAGAGCAGUUUUUCCGACGGCAGGCUGUCUGGGCAUCACGUGAAACCUGCGGUUCCCUCCGCCGCACUGGCCUGAGGUGGACACGUGAGGACGUGCCGGACAUGCUGAAGGUUGGGGUUCCUGCUGGGGACACGUGGGCCAGUCUUGGCCAAAAGUCUGAAAUUUGUGCUCAGCUCGUAAACCCAGUGAAGAACUAAAGUGUUUAGUGAUGGCUUUGUGCCAAAU